GUACAUAACUAAGUGUGGGGAAUAAGUUUGUGUUUUAUUUUUCAGGCAAAUUUCGCAAACUGGGAACCCUGGCAUGGAAAAUUUGGAUUUUCCUACCCUUGGGAAAGGUACUUAAAGAUUGGGGAGAUUCUUCGCGAACUGGCUGCAUUUAUUCUUGCAAUGCGUCGUUGCCUCGAAGCAUCAAAAGAGCCCAUGGCCACAUUGAGAGAAUCACAAUGGGUCUAUUUAGAAACAUGCGAAGCACUUGAGUCAAAGGUUGCAUGCGUUCUGCAAGAACUAGGAGACAGCAUGAAGCAAAUGAUGAAAUGUAAUGCAAAGGGUUGUGUUUCGGAGCAGUUGAAAGCCGCCAGAGAAGAUUUAAGCUUCAUAAUUUCCACGUUCAAAAUGGCACAACUUGAGGAUGAUCAAGUGCUAGCCAUUGCUAGCUUCGUCUUCUUGCACAUGGAAGUGAUGCGGAAGGUUGAGGAACUGGUGAAAGAGGUGGAAGAACUUGGAGAAAUCGCAGGUUUUCGCACCCCAAUAACUGCAUUGUCUUCGUAGACCCCAUAUUUUAACAGUGAUUUAUCUAUCUAUGUAUGUAUAUAAACCAUUCCCGAUUUUAGGUCAUAGAUUAUUAUUACAAAUAUGUGUUCUCUUGGUGCCAAAGAAACACAUGAAUAUAUG